AUGUUGCUCAAUCUUCAGGUCGCUGCCAGCGCUUUAUCGCUUUCUCUUUUGAAUGGGCUAGCUACAGCUGCUACGCCUUACACCUUGCCCGACUGUACGAAAGGACCUCUGAGCAAGAAUGGAAUUUGCGAUACGUCGUUAUCCCCUGCUAAAAGAGCUGCUGCUUUGGUCGCUGCUCUGACGCCCGAAGAGAAAGUGGGCAAUCUGGUCAGUAAUGCAACUGGUGCACCAAGGAUCGGACUUCCAAGGUACAACUGGUGGAACGAAGCCCUCCAUGGCCUCGCUGGAUCUCCAGGUGGUCGCUUUGCUGAUACCCCUCCCUACAACGCCGCCACAUCGUUUCCCAUGCCUCUUCUCAUGGCAGCUGCUUUCGAUGAUGAUUUGAUUCAUGACAUCGGCAAUGUCGUCGGCACCGAAGCGCGUGCGUUCACCAACGGUGGCUGGCGCGGAGUUGACUUCUGGACACCCAAUGUCAACCCCUUCAAAGAUCCACGAUGGGGUCGUGGCUCCGAAACUCCCGGUGAAGAUGCUCUUCAUGUCAGCCGCUAUGCUCGACCUUUCCAAGAGUGUACUCGCGAUGCCAAGGUUGGCUCCAUCAUGUGCGCUUACAACGCCGUCAAUGGCAUCCCUGCGUGCGCAAACUCGUAUCUUCAGGAGACUAUCCUCAGAGGGCACUGGAACUGGACAAGAGAUAACAACUGGAUCACUAGUGAUUGUGGAGCUAUGCAGGAUAUUUGGCAGAAUCACAAGUAUGUCAAGACGAACGCUGAAGGUGCCCAGGUGGCUUUUGAGAAUGGAAUGGACUCCAGCUGCGAGUAUACUACUACCAGCGACGUCUCCGAUUCCUAUAAGCAAGGUCUCUUGACCGAGAAGCUCAUGGAUCGUUCGUUGAAACGUCUUUUCGAAGGUCUUGUUCAUACUGGUUUUUUCGACGGCGCCAAAGCACAAUGGAACUCGCUCAGCUUUGCCGAUGUCAACACCAAGGAGGCACAGGACCUAGCACUCAGGUCUGCUGUCGAGGGUGCAGUUCUUUUAAAGAACGAUGGUACGCUACCCCUUAAGCUCAAGAAAAAGGAUAGCGUUGCUUUGAUUGGAUUCUGGUCCAACGACACAUCCAAGCUCCAGGGCGGAUAUAGUGGACGUGCUCCAUUCCUCCAUAGCCCGCUGUACGCAGCUGAGAAGCUUGGUCUUGACACCAACUUGGCCUGGGGCCCAACACUGCAGAACAGCUCCUCCCAUGAUAACUGGACUACCAAUGCUGUUGCUGCUGCGAAGAAAUCUGAUUACAUCCUGUACUUUGGAGGUCUCGACGCUUCAGCCGCAGGCGAGGACAGAGACCGCGAAAAUCUUGACUGGCCCGAGAGCCAGUUGACUCUUCUCCAAAAGCUCUCUAGUCUCGGCAAGCCAUUGGUUGUGAUUCAGCUAGGUGAUCAAGUCGAUGACACUGCUCUUUUGAAGAACAAGAAGAUCAACAGUAUUCUUUGGGUAAACUACCCUGGUCAAGAUGGCGGUACUGCGGUCAUGGACUUACUCACCGGACGAAAGAGUCCAGCGGGUCGACUACCCGUCACGCAGUAUCCCAGUAAAUACACUGAGCAAAUUGGCAUGACCAACAUGGACCUGAGACCUACCAAGUCAUUGCCAGGAAGGACUUAUCGCUGGUACUCUACUGCAGUUCUGCCCUAUGGCUUUGGACUCCACUACACUACCUUCAAAGCCAAGUUCAAGUCCAACAAGUUGAACUUUGACAUCCAGAAGCUUCUCAAGGGCUGCAGUGCUCAAUACUCUGAUACUUGUGCUCUGCCCCCCAUUCAAGUCAGCAUCAAGAACACUGGUAGUAUUACCUCUGACUUUGUGUCUCUCGUCUUUAUCAAGAGUGAAGUUGGGCCGAAGCCGUAUCCGCUCAAGACACUUGCGGCUUAUGGUCGCUUGCAUGAUGUCGCGCCAUCUUCGACGAAGGAUAUCUCACUUGAGUGGACGUUGGAUAACAUUGCACGAAGGGGAGAGAAUGGUGAUUUGGUUGUUUAUCCGGGGACUUACACCCUGUUGCUGGAUGAGCCUACGCAAGCGAAGAUCGAAGUCACGUUGACUGGAAAGAAGGCUACUUUGGACAAGUGGCCUCAAGACCCCAAGUCAGCCUGA